UGGAUUGCUUUACUUUGCUCUCAGUUGAUGUCACACUUUGAACAAAGAUGGACUGCACCAGCACUGACUCAGAGGGCCUGGUAAAACAGCCCGCUACUCUCUUGAAUGUCUUCGGUGGAAUCUUCGGCCUUACUAGAUCUGAAGAAGCAGACCCAGCUGUGCUUGUAGCAUUCAAGGAUCUUCCAGAUAAGGAGGAUCCUGCUACUGGAGAUGAUCAUAAAAAUGCUGAGCUUCAAGGAAAGGAAGAAGUGAAACAGGAUAAUGUGGGUGCUCCAUGUGAGACGGUGCAGAAGGCUGAGUCAACAGAAACCUGUAAGGAGGCGAGCGACCAGAAGAAAAGAGUAGCUAGAGCCUCGGCUGACCUAGAUCUGGUCCAGGUCACCAGGGUGGAAACAUACAGUGACACGGAAGAUGAGGAUGCAGCACGCAGCAGGAAUAGUGUGUCAGAGGACAGUAAAACAGUGGAACCUGAAGAUGGAGAUGUGUUUCAGGAUGCUAGUGAUGUAGUGUUUGAAGUGCCUGUGUUCAGAACACACAAACUUACGGAGAGAUCCCGUAUAGAAGAUAUUUUAAGCAAAACUCUUUCUAGGAAAGUACUUUCAAGUUCCAAACAGGUAACUAAAGAGAUAAAGGAAAGUAGUGCAGAAAACUCCAAACCUGAAACCGAAGAGAAGAAGGGGAGCACCUCAGAGAACUCCCAACAGGGAGAGACAAAGGAGAGCAUCAAAAGGGAGUCGUACGGUGAAGAAAAAUCUAAAAAAGGAGAGAAUAGUAGAGGAGGAACUGAAGAGAGUGAGGAGAAAAUCGGCAUAGAUUGUUCUUUGCCUGUUCCUUCCAUCGUCCCCACUAAGGAUGUAACUGGUGAACAGAAGGACACAAAGCAAGAGCACAAGGUGGAGGAUAAAGAGGAGGCGAAAGAACCCCCCUCCAGCCAGGUGUCUUCCUUUGUUCCCUCAAGCCCUAAGACUAAAGAAGUUUCUGUCAAAUCUUCGUCCUCUCCAAAAGAACAGUCAAACUCAGCUGAUAAUAAAAGUCCAACCAAGACGCUGUCAUCCAAACCUAAUGAGUCCCCAGGGGACAUCAAGCUAAGUGCUAGCCCUGCCUCCCCUCGAAAAACUGCACCGAAGACUCCCGAAACAAGCAAGCCAUCCUCAUCUUCAUCCAUCUCGCCCUCCUCCUCUUCUACUUCAUCCCCAUCUAGGGACACCACGUCUAAUUCCUCCCCGUCCUUCCAGAUGCCAGCUCUCUUCAGUGGGUUGCGGGUGCUGAAGAAAGGAGCAGUGGGUGAGGAAAGAGAGACGGUGUCAGAGAUUAAGCAGAGAGAGAAGGAUGCUGAUUUGGCCCUUCUCAGCCUGAAGAAGACAGUAAACAAAGCCAAGCUCUACCCAGAGCAAACAACGGCCACCUCAGCUAAAAAACACACAGAGCCCAAAUCUAUCACGGACACUAAAAGCACGGUUUUGGCACAGCUCAGUCACCUGCGCACUGGAAACAACCGCAGUGAGCCCAAAAAGCCUAAGGAAAAGCAAGAUGCUGAUCCAGAACCGAAGAAAGCGGUCCAAGAGAAGGUUGAGGAGGUUGUGGAAGAGAAAAGUCCAGGUCCAAAAACGCCAACAUCCCCGCCUGACAUAAAGAAAGCCUCUGACCUGGCUUAUGAUACCUUCAGGAGCUUCUUUGGCCCAAAAACUAUCAAAAAGGAGAAAACAGAAGAGGUGGAUCUUGAAGCUGUAAGAAAGAAAAUCAAGAAUGACAAAGAAAACCUGAGGUCCAUUUUUGAAAGAACUUCGAAGGCUCCCUGCAGGGAAAACAAAGCUCCUACAGAAGCUAAUACGGAGAUUGUGUCACCUACCGACAGUGAGGACCGGACUCCAAGGCGUCUGCAGGCUGUGUGGCCUCCACCCAAAACUAAGGAUGAGGAGGAGAAGGUUGGGCUCCGAUACACGGAGGCAGAGCACCAGGCUGCCCUCUUGCAGCUGAAGAGGGAGUGCAAGGAGGAGGUGGAGAGGAUGCAUUCAGACUUUGAGCUUCAGAUCUUUCAGCUGCGAGGUGAAAAUGCCGUCUCAAUGUCACACCUGGAGGGAGUCAUCGCCAAGAUGCAAAAAGAUCGGCCGUUCGUCACAGACCAGGAGCGUGAGGUCUGCGAGGCCACUGUGUCCGCCCCAGAAGACAAAAUACCCAAGACCUCCCGCACCGUGGGGAUCCAGACGGACCGGGAGACCUUCAUCAAGAGCCCUGAGGGAGACCCUGGCGGGCUGGCACAAAGCCCCGGCCAGAAUGUGCCCAAAAAACUCAACUUGGACUCUAUUGGACUAAAUAUGAAAGCUGAAACUUCCUCAGUACCUCCUGCACCACCACCACCUCCUCCUCCUCCACCUCCUGCCCCUCCCCUACCAGGCUUUGGUGGACCUCCACCAGCUCCUCCUCUCCCACCGGGCCUCAUGGGACCUCCGCCACCACCUCCCCCUCCCCCUUUGCCAGGCUUCAUGGGAGCACCACCACCUCCCCCUCCACCACCACCACCACCUCCUGGCCCUCGAGGUGGUCCGCCUCCACCGCCUCCUCCACCUCCCCUUCCUGGCCUACCUGGAGCUGGUCCUCCUCCUCCUCCUCCUCCUCCACCAGGCUUUGGUGGACCACCACCUCCCCCCAUGGGGGGCUUCGGUUUCAGCCACAAGGUGGAGGCGCCCCCACGGAAAGCUGCGAUUGAGCCGGCAUGUCCAAUGAAGCCUCUUUACUGGAACAGGAUACAGAUACAGGACAAUAACAACAACACACUCUGGGGUUCUCUGGAGGAACCGAACAUCGUCAACACCAACGAGUUUGAGGAUCUUUUCUCAAAGACAACGCUGCAGCCCAAGAAGAAGCCCCUGUCAGACACUUUCGAGAAGAAAGCCAAAACAAAGAAGUUAAUCAAACUUCUUGAUGGGAAGCGUUCACAAGCAGUUGGGAUCCUCAUAUCGAGCCUGCAUCUGGAGAUGAAAGACAUCCAACAUGCUGUUCUUACUGUGGACAACUCUGUAGUGGACUUUGAGACCAUUGAAGCUUUAUAUGAAAAUAGGGCUACCAAUGAUGAGAUGAUGAUGAUAAAAAAACAUUUUGAGACCGCUAAAGAAGAGGAAAUCAAACUGCUGGACAAGCCUGAACAGUUUCUUUAUGAGCUCUCCCAGAUUCCCGACUUCGCAGGCCGAGCACGCAGCAUCAUCUUUCAGUCAGUGUUCCUCGAUACUAUCGCUUCCAUCCGCCGCAAGGUGGACCUCAUCUCACGCAUCAGCAAAGAGCUGUUAGAGUGUCAAAGUUUAAAGGAUGUUAUGGGUCUGGUUCUGGCCUUUGGGAACUAUAUGAACGGGGGGAACAGGACAAGAGGUCAGGCUGAUGGCUUUGGACUGGAAAUCCUCCCAAAAAUUAAGGAUGUCAAGAGCAGGGACAACAAGAUGAAUCUGGUGGAUUAUGUCGUUUUAUACUACCUGCGUAAUUUCGACGAGCAUGCUGGCACAGAUAAGAGUGUGUUCCCUCUACCGGAGCCUCAGGAGUUCUUCCAGGCUGCUCAGGUGAAGUUUGAAGAUCUCUCCAAGGACACCAGGAAGCUGAAGAAAGAUCUGACAACCUGUCAGAAAGACGUACAGACGGUGUGCGCCAACUCUUCAGAGGAAUACCUCGAGCCCUUCAAGGGGAAGAUGGAAAAGUUCCUUUCUGCAGCUCAAAAAGAUCAUUCAGCUGAAGAAGACCGCCUCAAUGACGGACAGAAAAGUUUCCAGGACAUGGUGAGCUACUUUGGGGUUAGGCCAAAGUCUGGAGAGAAAGAUGUGGACCCAAGUUUCGUGUUCAUGCUUUGGUACGAGUUCUGCAACGACUUCAAGAAUGCCUGGGUACGACACAGCAAGACCAUUUCCAAGGAGAGGUUGAAGGAAGCUCAAGAAAACAUCAAGAAGAUAACAGCGGAGAAGAGAGUUGAGACUAAGAAGGUCAAUGCCAACAGUCUGAAAGAGAGGCUGCGGCAGAAAGAAGCCACACCGUCUUCGAGCUGAAUGAAGUGACAGGAGGAGAAGAAGAUUGCAGAUUAGGAAGUGUUAAGGCCUCAUCUCUCCUACAUUUACCACCUGCCUCAAUAACUUCUCGCCCUCCCCCUUUUCCUCAAACGGACUCAUAACCAAACCUCACCAGACUCUAACUACUCCCACUGCCAUAUCUCCUCCCUACCAACCUCCACCCUUCUCCACCGGCCUUUUGCGGAUCUUUUGCCACACAGACAGAAGUCAGGCCUGCAGCGAGUAUGCAUGGCUGACACCACUGCAGUGAUGAGAGUCUGAGAGGCCAAAGGUUGAUCUCAUUCAUCCAGAGCGGUGUGACCUCUGAGUGGCUGGCUUGUGAAAGGUCUCAAGGGGUCAGUGGGAUCCAGCUGACACAUCCACGAGGCUCUAUCCAGAUCUGCGAAAGCUGAAACACUUUUUCUAUUGAAGUUACAGAGCAGAACGAUCAUGCUCUUACAUAGUCAGUGUUAAGAUUUCAUAUGAACGGAAAGAAAGGAAGAUAUCUCUGAAAGUGUUGAAGAAUCAGUCCUCAGUGUCCUUGGCUGUAGAGAAUAGCUCCUCAUCCUCCACGGCUCAUUCAAAGUCUUGUAAAUCUGUCAUAUCAUAGAACCGGCAGGGACCGUGCGGCUUAUGAUGAAUGAUCUCUGCUUGCCUUUCAGCACGGAUGAAGACACGUUGUGUAUAAAUGUGCGUGCACCAAUCAGAAUGUGGUACCACUUUGUGUAGCACUGCACCAGACUGACCUCUCCUGGGUGUCGACAAGAGAGGAGCGGAACUUUGGUAGCGAGCCCUCGGCCCUGUAACACUCAAAAAACACGUACUUAAGAAACAUCAGAAGAACACAACAGGAUUUGGGCCCUGCACUCACUCGUCCCAGAUAUUAAAUAUGCAUUAUAGAAACGUGUUAAUCCUUUACAGAGUGCUGCACAUCACUGGUGUUGUGCACACUUUUAAGCACUUUACCGCUUGCAGAAGCUGUUUGUUGUAGCUCGCUAGUAGCCCCACUCCCCUCGUUUGCCAACUGUGUUUUUCACAUCUCGCACUUUUUUGGCACCUCUUUCCUAUGCAAGGGUUUGGUUUCCUUAAUGUGUAUGUACAUUUAUGAAUUGCAUUGCUUCAGGUUUAGAUUUUUUUAUUUCUGAGAAGAGCUCAGUUUUAUUUUGCAUAUGGAAGGUGUAACCAUGCUCCUGUAACAUUAAAAAAAAAUCUAUUUAUGUAGGGAAAGAUUUAUUUUAAGCCAAAAAAGCUGUGUUCCCUUUGAGGCUGUAUUUUUUUAGAGUUAUGGUUGACCGAGAAGUUGCCUGAAAGUGGAGUCACGUGAAAGAUAUAUAUUCACAAAGAGAUCUGGAGAUAUUUGCAUUUAUUUUGGAGAGAUGAGGGUCUUAUUUUGUGUAUUGAGAACAUUGAAGCAUAUCACCUUGAAGCCAUGUGAGUUGUUAUACCUCAGACAAACUUCCAGUAUCAGAGUUCCCAUAAACCUGCACCUUGAAUUACUUUUUUACCCUCCAAAGUCUUUCACCUGUGCCAUUUAUUUUGUAUAAAAAUCUAGAUAUUUCAUAACUGUAAACUAUGUUUUACGUCAGAGGGAAAUGUAAGAAAAAGAGCGAAUAUGAACAAAGAACCUCCUGUAGCCUCUACUGUACAUGUGUCGGUUCAUAUACCCCUCAGUAGCUCUUAUGUAGGUGCUCUGUACUUUUAUGGAAUUGUUUUAAAUUUCAACAAUAAACUACUGGAUGCCGAACAAA